AAAUUUUCUAAAACCAACGCACCGUCAUUACAGCGAUUCGGGCCAUUUGCUAAAGACCUAUUUUCUUGCAGAAAUCAACAAACUACUAUGGAGCAUAUGGCUAGACUCAAAGUUUUACUCCAUCAGUGUUGUCAAAAUCGUGAUGAGUAUUACAUACUUCCGGGUGAAAUUUUUAUAUUAACUAUGGGAUUCCGAUUUUGUUUUCCAGUUCUAUAAAUAGGAGAUUAACUCUCUUUGUAAAGGCAUGGAAUUAGAAGGAAUCAGUAAAGCUUCUCUCUUCUCUUUCUCAGCUUCUCUCUAGGGCGCAACUGUUCAAGAACAAUUCAGGUGAUUAUCUCGUCCAUUGUACCUAGUUUUUGUGAAAGAGAUAUUGGAUUAGUACGUUUAGAGGAGAGUUGCAUGAAUUGCUUGAGAAAUCAACAAACUACUAUGGAGCAUAUGGCUAGACUCAAAGUUUUACUCCAUCAGUGUUGUCAAAAUCGUGAUGAGUAUUACAUACUUCUGGGUGAAAUUUUUAUGCUGGCCAAUUAUUGUGAGAUGCAACAAGUUCAUGAUAUAUUUGUCAGAGCCAUCGGGACACUCCCUGUGAGCGCUGAAAUUGUAGCAUCACAGGGAGUUCAAUACUUGGAGCAUCUCUUGGAAGAAUGGAGAAUACAUUCAAUUUUUGUCAGACGUAUCGGAUGGAUCUUCAACAAAAUGGAGAAGUCGAUGAACGUAAAUGUUCAUCAACUUUGUUCCCAAAGGUUCAUCGACAACUAUAUGGAUUUUGGUAAAGUAGCCGAAACCAUAUUAGGUGGUGAACGUAUUAACGGGCUGUUGAUGAGAAACCUAAGGCGAAUCAUGAUAGAGUCUAAGGUAUAUACAAAUGAAGAGGAGAAAGCUUAUGAAUCGGUAUCGAUGAUUUUGCAAGAUAGAAUUGUAGGUCACAUUUUAGAGGAGGUGGCAGAUCAUGGUGAUCCUUCCCUGUCUGUUCAGAUCCUGAACGGAGAGCGCUCAUGUCACUCUUCUGAAACUUCUGGAAUCCUUCCUCAAGAAGCUUCAGGGAUAUGGAAUAGGCUGAUGAUAAGGUAUCAACGGACGGGCAGGAAGCUUAGUUGCCAAUUGAACAAGGGGACUGCGAAUAUGAUUGAAACUCGGAAAUCAGACCUAUGAGCUUUGUGUCUCAACUCGUCAGAUGUGCAUCCUAAUGCAAUUCAACAAUGAUGAAUGUUUGAGUUUCGAACAGCUUCAAAAGGCUACAGAAAUUCCGGUUGCACACCUGAGAAGAUCCCUGGAGUCUCUCAUAUUCGAAGGGCAAAACAUCCUUUCUGUGCAAGAUGGUUAUUUCGCGGUCAACGACCAUUUCAGUUGCAUUCAAAAGAGGAUUGUUUUUAAAACGGCUGAGACAGUUGAAGAAGAAACACCUAACAAUGACGAGAUCUGGAAACUCAUGCCCCUCAUCGCAUAAAUCAUGAAGAAAAAAAAACAACUUGAACAUAACAAGUUGAUACAAUCGGUCGAUGUUGAGAUUUUUAAAAGGUCUCCUUUUGAGAUGGAUAUAAGGAAUGCCAUUCUAGAUAGCUCUUUGUCAAUUAGAGACUCAAUGGCAUUCCCUAUAUCCAUCUUCUGAGACCUUUUAAAAAUCUCAACAUCGACCGAUUGUAUCAACUUGUUAUGUUCAAGUUGUUUUUUUUUCUUCAUGAUUUAUGCGAUGAGGGGCAUGAGUUUCCAGAUCUCGUCAUUGUUAGGUGUUUCUUCUUCAACUGUCUCAGCCGUUUUAAAAACAAUCCUCUUUUGAAUGCAACUGAAAUGGUCGUUGACCGCGAAAUAACCAUCUUGCACAGAAAGGAUGUUUUGCCCUUCGAAUAUGAGAGACUCCAGGGAUCUUCUCAGGUGUGCAACCGGAAUUUCUGUAGCCUUUUGAAGCUGUUCGAAACUCAAACAUUCAUCAUUGUUGAAUUGCAUUAGGAUGCACAUCUGACGAGUUGAGACACAAAGCUCAUAGGUCUGAUUUCCGAGUUUCAAUCAUAUUCGCAGUCCCCUUGUUCAAUUGGCAACUAAGCUUCCUGCCCGUCCGUUGAUACCUUAUCAUCAAGCCUAUUCCAUAUCCCUGAAGCUUCUUGAGGAAGGAUUCCAGAAGUUUCAGAAGAGUGACAUGAGCGCUCUCCGUUCAGGAUCUGAACAGACAGGGAAGGAUCACCAUGAUCUGCCACCUCCUCUAAAAUGUGACCUACAAUUCUAUCUUGCAAAAUCAUCGAUACCGAUUCAUAAGCUUUCUCCUCUUCAUUUGUAUAUUAGGUUUCUCAUCAACAACCCAUUAAUACGUUCACCACCCAAUAUGGUUUCGGCUACUUUACCAAAAUCCAUAUAGUUGUCGAUGAACCUUUGGGAACAAAGUUGAUGAACAUUUACGUUCAUCGACUUCUCCAUUUUGUUGAAGAAUGAACGUGUUGCAUCUCACAAUAAUUGGCCAGCCUGUAGAAGAAAAAAAGAUUAAGUAGCAAUCUAGCUUUUCUGAAAUUCAGUAAAAUAGACUGAUAUGCAUAAGCAGGCAAGCAAUGAACUUGUUUAGACAAGAAAAGGGCUCUCCUAGGCCCUUUCAAUUCUUUAACUGUGUAGCUAGUCUUGCACAGUUUCUGCCUGUGGUUAAUAAAGGGUGGAGCUGCUAUGAUGUAGCUAAUGAUAUGCGAGGGGUAUGGGAGAAGCUCAAGCAAGUUAAGUGCGGACUGAAGACACUAGAAUUCUAUUACAACUCUAUCCUGAAAUUUCACCUUGAGCAGUUCCCUAUUUUUCUCGAGACAUUUUGCAAACAGUGAAACGUUAAUAAUAUCAGCACUAACUCUUCUGCA